GAAUGACGUUCAGACAGUGGAAGAAGAAGAAGUUUUAUUUACGACGAAGCAUGAUUAUCUGAAAAUCGCAGUGUAAAAACAUAGUUGAAAAUACAUUUCUAGUGCUUCUGUGGUGAUCACUAAAAUAUAUUUGGACACGCGUGACAAUGGCGGAGAGUGUAGAAAGUGAAAAUGAAAUGGGUUUCCUCACGGGAAUCUUCUAUGAGAUGUUCUUCAAUCCCAUCAAUUUGUUCCUUGUCGGAGUCAUAUCGUUUUUGGCUUACAAAAUCUUCCGGAACACCACUCAGUCCACCACUGCCAAGGCGGCACCUGUGGAGCCAACACUGCCGCGUCUCCGGCGAGAUUUUACCGUGCAGGAACUGAAGCAGUACGAUGGAAAUCAGCCGGAUGGAAGGAUCUUGGUGGCAGUCAAUGGGAAUGUCUAUGACGUGACCAAGGGGAAGCGCUUCUAUGGACCAGGUGGACCCUAUGCGGCGUUUGGCGGUCGAGAUGCUUCAAGAGGUUUGGCCACAUUCAGUGUCACUAGCAAUGACAAUAAUGAAUACGAUGACCUCAGUGAUUUGAAUACAAUGGAAAUGGAUUCUGUUCGCGAAUGGGAAAUGCAAUUUAAAGAAAGGUACAUUUUUGUGGGUAAAUUGCUGAAACCGGGUGAACAGCCGACCAAUUAUUCCGACGAAGAUGAGGAAGGGCCAUCGGAUAAAUCGUCGGAGAAGCCCAAGGAUGAGUGACGGUCAGGAGGAGAACAAAGAGAAAUUGCCCCUCGAGUCCCUAUCUCUCCAUUAAUGGGCAAAUUUGGGCGAGAUUAUGAGGGCUUGGCUUGGGGAUCAAUUAAUUGUCAUCGUUUCUGUGAAUUGUUCGGGUUUGAUUGAGGGAGAUUCUCAUGAAAUGCAAAGAUAUAUAUAUAUAUAUACACUAGUACCCACUUGCAGGAGGAAAAACAAAUGAAAAAUUUACUAACUUAUAAAACAACACUGGGAUCAGUUUUAUUUAUUAAGAAAAGACUCUCAAUCAUACACUGAAUGUAUUCUCGAGCUUGGUAAUUGAAUGUCUAACCGGAAUAAUUAAAUCCCUUCCCCAAACAAAAACAAGAAAAUUGUAUAAAAAUCGUAUAAAUGUUCUUUUGUGUCCAAUGUGAGGCAGCCUAAAAUCAUGGUACAUUAGACUUAUUCUACUUUGUUUUAAGACAUAAUUUUGAUUGGAUAUAAAAUUGAUUUUUGGGUUGCGUGAGGAAAAAUGAAUUUAAAUAAAAUAUUAUCAUUUAGGAUCAUUGUAAUCUGUGAGAUACUUUGGUUGAGGAUAAGUUGUUUAUUUUUAAUCAACUUUCGUAGCAUUUUCCAUUACUCUCCCAUUUUUUUUUGUAAAGAUCGUGGCAGCAGAUUGUGCACAAUGUUUUGUACGUGGAUUUGUAUUUUCAAUUAAAACUUUUUUGGUUGAGUAAAA